AGUAUAGUAUUAGUAAUCUAUGGUUGUGUUUGUGUAGUGCUUUAUGGUGUGUUUGUAUGUAUUUCUGACGCCGUUGUUAGUUGUCUGUCAUUUCUAUAAUUUUGGAUUUCAUCACUAAAACUCAUCAAACUGUCGUCGAUAGGCAAGCAGAAUGCUAAAAUUCAUAAGGGGGAAGGGUCAACAGCCUUCUGCUGAACGGCAGAAGCUUCAGAAUGAACUGUUUGCAUUUCGAAAGACAGUGCAACACGGCUUUCCGAAUAGAGCUUCCGCCCUCGCGUGGGACCCUAUCCUUCGACUUGCCGCUCUAGGCACAGCAACAGGAGCCCUCAAGGUCUACGGGCGACCAGGCGUAGAACUGUAUGGGCAGCACACCAAUCCCGAUGCAGUGGUUACACAAAUUCAUUUCAUACCUGGCACAGGUCGUCUUGUAUCACUAUGUGACGACAACAGUCUGCACUUAUGGGAGAUAAACGAAAAAUCACUGGUGGAGCUCAAAUCGCAUACAUUCGAAGGCAAAAACAAGAAGAUAUCUUCGCUGUGCGUGGAGUCCACUGGCAAGAACUUGCUGAUGGGCACCGAAGGCGGGAAUAUAUACAGCCUGGACCUGAACACAAUCACAGUACACGAAGAUGUUAUAUAUCAGGAUGUGGUUAUGCAAAAUUGUCCAGAAGACUUCAAAGUAAAUCCGGGGGCUGUUGAAGCGAUAUGCGAGCACCCAAAAGUGCCCACGCGGUUGCUCAUUGGCUACAACCGUGGUUUAGUGAUCCUCUGGGACAGAGUGGCCGCCUCACCCACACACACCUUUGCAUCUAAUCAACAGUUGGAGAGCCUGUGUUGGAAUGACGACGGCGAGCACUUCACAUCGUCCCACAACGACGGAUCAUACGUUACUUGGGAAGUGGCAGGCGCUUCAAGCGAUCGACCGUUAAAAGAGCCAAUCACACCAUAUGGUCCCUACCCCUGCAAGGCCAUCUCCAAAAUUCUCAUCAGGACUAGUGUCGAUAAUGAGGAAAUCAUUAUUUAUGCUGGUGGCAUGCCCCGAGCAUCAUACUCAGACAAAUAUACCGUCACAGUACAACAAGGAGAAAAGCAUGUCGCCUUUGACUUCACAAGUCGAGUAAUCGACUUUUUCACAACGACCCCGGUACCGCCAGAUGGCGCUCCCGUGCAAGAAGAGCGGCCCGAAACACCGGCACAACUCUCCGCCCAGGCCGUCAACCAAGUUGCUGCAGCUCUGGUGGUGCUAGCUGAGGAGGAGCUCGUCGUCAUAGACUUGUGCGAUUCCCGCUGGCGGCCGCUGCGCCUGCCGUAUUUAGUAUCGGUGCACGCGUCGGCCGUCACCACGGCGCAACUCGUCGACAAUGUCGCCGCUAACGUCUACGACAACAUUGUCGCCGCUGGGCAGCAGCAAACGGAGAAUGUGUACUCGGACAGUGCGUGGCCGAUCUCGGGCGGGGAAGUGACCAGUGCCGACGCGGAGGCGAGCGAGCGGCAGUUGCUGCUGACGGGACACGAGGACGGCUCCAUUCGGUUCUGGGACGUGAGCGGAGUGGCCAUGACGCCUCUCUACAAGUACACCACAGCACAACUCUUUAGCGGUGAAGAGAUAGGCGAGAACAACGACAGUCAGAACGACGAAGAAGAAUGGCCCCCUUUUAAACGCGUCGGUACCUUCGAUCCGUACAGUGACGAUCCAAGACUGGCCGUUAAACGGGUUAUCCUUUGUCCCUUAUCCGGUAUGCUCACAAUUGGCGGUGCGGCUGGACACAUUGUGAUUGCCAGCUUGAAGACUUCUCCGAGCACUGCCGAAGUUAAAUCAAUGUCGGUGAACAUUGUUUCGGAUCGCGACGGGUUCGUCUGGAAGGGACACGACCAGCUGACGCUUCGCGCCGGUACGCACAAUUUUCCCCAAGGAUAUCAGGCGACAGCGGUGGCGCAGCUGUCACCGCCGGCGGCGGUGACGGCCCUGGGCGCGCAGUGGGAGUGGGGCGUGGUGUGCGCCGGCACCGCGCACGGCCUGGCGCUGCUCGACGCGCUCGCCGCCGCGCCGCUGCUGCACCGCUGCACGCUCAACCCGCACGAUCAUUCUGGUGCCGGAGACACCCCAAUAUCUAGACGAAAAUCAUUUAAAAAGUCACUUCGAGAAUCGUUCCGACGGCUAAGGAAAGGCAGAUCGCAACGGCGUCAAAAUACUUCUGCGAGUCCUACAUCACAGUCGCAACCAGCGGCGAAGAAGCCAGGCGAUAAAAUUGUUGAGACAGAUGCUGAGAUUAAACCUGUGGAGCGUGCCGUUGAGGCCCGCUCUAAUGACGACGCGUUCGGUUCUAUGGUGCGCUGCCUAUAUUUCGCGAGGACAUUCCUUAUUAACACACAAAACUCAACGCCGACACUUUGGGCGGGCACAAAUAAUGGUACGGUCUACGCGUUCACGAUAAACGUGCCAAAUACUAACAAACGGAAAGAAGAACCGGUCACAUGUCAACUAGCGAAAGAGAUACAGCUGAAACACAGAGCACCAGUCAUCGGUAUCACAGUUUUAGAUGGAGCUUCUGUACCGCUGCCUGAUCCUUUAGAGGUGGAGCGCGGGGGCGCGGCGCUGGCGGAGGGCGGCGCGCACCGCGUGCUCAUCACGUCGGAGGAGCAGUUCAAGGUGUUCUCGCUGCCCUCGCUCAAGCCGCACUCCAAGUACAAGCUCACCGCGCACGAGGGCGCACGGGUGAGACGUACAGCGUUCGCGUGGUUCGAGUGCGUUUCGGGAGGGGAGCGGCAUCGCGAGUGGUGCCUGCUGUGCCUCACCAACUUGGGCGACUGCCUGGUGCUCAGUCCGGAGCUUCGCAGACAACUCAAUGCGGCCGCCGUUCGCAAAGAGGAUAUCAAUGGAAUUUCAAGCCUAUGCUUUUCAAAGCGAGGUGAAGCUCUCUACUUGCACUCAUCCUCUGAACUUCAAAGGAUUUCUCUUUCAGCAACUAAGGUGACAGUCGCGCAUUGCCAAAUACUGUUGCCACCGUGGGCGGCUGCGCUUCGAGGACCGGUGGAAGAAACGCCGCUAACAAAUGGUGAACAUAAGGAGGAAUCAACUGAGACGGUACACGACGUGACAGCAGCUUCGGGGGACAUCACGGUGGACUCAGUACGAGAUCACACCAACGCGGAACCACCGCCCGAGCUCAACAUUAACCUUCAGAAUUCGCAAGUGAACACGAGCUCGAUAGUGGUAAAAACCACGACGCGGACGACUAUCGCCGAGAGCAACGCGGACGGAACCAACAACACUACGACCACCACUACAACCACCAGCAACAACACCGGCGAGAACAUCCUAGAACACAGUCGCGAGGAAGGCGUCAUCACCCGCAUCGAGACGGGAACCGUGACGGUGCCGGCCGGAACCGACCCGAAGCUGAUCCUCGAGAUGUUUGACCGCCAGAGGUCGCCACUAGCCGUUCCCGUUCCAUCGACGCCCACCGAAACCCACUAGAAAACACUCUACCACCAAGCACCGAAUUACUCCGAACUGUCCGCAUCAUUGCUCCGAAAUCAUACAGUUUUGAUGUACAACGUAUUGUUAUAACAAUAACAAUUCUAUAUCAAAAUUGUGAGAAUAUAAAACAUCCAUAUUUUGAUACGAUUUAGACUUGUAUAGAUACUGUUUUUGUAUCGAUUUGUUACAGAUAAAGUAACGACAUUUAUAACUGUAAAGAGUUGUUCAUUCAUUUUAUGCAGAACUGUAAUUUAGUUUUCCGAUUUUUCAUCAAAUUAAUAGAUAGUUUCAAUAAUAGCAUACUUGUUACAUCGUUGUCUACGACAGUUAGAUAUACUGCCCCCUGUUUCAAAAAAUCAAUAAGCAAUCAUUUUUUUAAUUGUAUCGUUUUUAAUCUGUACCUGUAAUCACUACAUUUGUCACAUAAUACUUUUGGUAUCUUAUAAUAUUUGAUUAGAAGGUAUUUUACUGUCACUUGUACAUUUUCAGUUUACGUUAGGGUACUUUAUUUUAUAAGAGAUUAUGCAUUUUAUAGUUGGAUACUUUUAACUGACAAUUAUGCGUGCUUGAAUUAUAAUAAUAACUAAAAAUUGUUACAUAACUAUUAUUCAUAAAAUUCUUCAAUGAUUAUUAAUUUUGAAAUUUAAAAAAUGCGUACUUAAUAACAGCAAUUUUUAUUAUUACCAUUUUAUAAUUCAGUACAAAAACAAAAGCCAUAGCAGUUAUUUAACUGGCAAUACUGCAAUUUGAUUGUGGAUUGUUUGUAUCAUUAUUUUCUAGUUAAGUAACAUUGUGAAAUUAUUUUAUUAAUUAAGGUUUAUAAAAUAAUAAACAUACAAGCAUUCUUUGCGAAUGAAAUGUGCCUAUUUAUUUCUCUUUUAUAUUAAAGAUAACUUUAUCUAGGUAAAUUAGAAAUAUACGUUUUGACAAAUAAUGUAGUAUUUUUUUUUAUUAUUGAUAGCAUUUAGAUUUUCCAUGGCGUUGUCAAUUUUUAAUACUAAACUGAGAAUGUGUUAUCACGUAUUGCUUUGAAUUGUAUAUUCAGUGAUAAUUUAAUAUUAUGUUUCAGUGAAAAACGCGUGGAGAGUUUUUGCAAUAUUUUAGCUCUUUUUUUGUAUGUAGACAUUCUAUUAUUAGUAUUAUUUUUAAAUUUACUUUGUUUAUGUUGUACCUAAUUUUGAAUUUAUAUUUUUUUCAUUUUUUUUUUCUUUUAAAAGGCAGCUAAACUGUGCACCGAUAAUUAUACCGCCAUAUAAUAAUUUUAAAAAUAAUUUAAAAAAAUAGUAUUUAUGGCUACAAAUUAAUUUGCAUGUACAUCACAAUGUGUGAUAAAAGGGGAUUGAUUUUAUUAUUUUAGGCAUUAUUUUAGUUUAGUUUGUAAGUUGAAUGUGCCUGCCUAUGUUUUAUUUUCUAAGUAUUAACAAUAAGUCGCGUUCGAGCUACUAAUGGAGCUAUAACGUCCAGUUUGCUUCUGUUUUAGUGAUGUACAAUUUUUAAUGCUACUGUAGUAUUUUUAAAAUAUUUGAUAUAAAAAAUUGAGAUUUGUAUCCGACAUUAUUACACAAAAAUAAAAGCUACAAUAAAUUAUACUUAUUUUUAUUACAUUAAUUUCCGUUCAUUUUAUUGAAAUAUUUAAACAAAAUUUUCUGACCAGAGGCAGCCUUUUAUGAAAAUAAAAACAUCUAGCAAACAACUAUAAAAUUAUAUAAACUGU